UAAGCAGGCGGCUGUGGUGGCGGCUGAGGCAGUAGCUGAGGCGGCGACAGAGGAAGCACAAGAUGGCAGAUUUUUUGAAAGGACUGCCAGUCUACAACAAAAGCAAUUUUAGUCGAUUUCAUGCUGACUCUGUGUGUAAAGCCUUCAAUCGACGCCCCUCAGUCUACCUGCCCACACGUGAGUACCCAUCUGAAAAGAUCCUUGUGACAGAAAAAACAAACAUCCUUUUGCGCUACCUACAUCAGCAAUGGGACAAAAAGAACACUGCCAAGAAGAGAGACCAGGAGCAAGUGGACCUCGAGGGCGAGAGCUCAGCGCCUCCCCGCAAGGUCGCACGGACCGACAGCCCAGACAUGCACAAGGACCCUUAAGGCUGAUGCUCCCCCAUAGGUGCCUCCUGUCUUGUCUGCUCCUCACCCGCCUGCCGUGUGUAAGCAUCCUGCCCACCCUCCCCACUGGUUCGCCUACCCACACCCCGCCAUGCACACCACUUUCAACCUCAUAGGAGCCGAUGUAUUUAUUUUCCUUGAGUCUUUAUUUAUGCUGUAAAAUGUACCGAGCGAUGGUUAAAGGGGAUGUCAGACCCAGUAGUGUGAUGUUGGUAGAUGCUUCUUGAAAAACAA